AUGGGACCGCUUCCCCUGGUCUUGCAUCGGCAAUGGUGUGCUCUCGGCUGUGCCGUGCACCGCAGAUCUCAUGUUGUGCGUGCGUGCGGUGCUGGACUGUUGCAGGAGGGAGCUGCCUCAACCACCAACAGCCACAGCGACACGGCCCCCACAGAGAUUGUGGUGCACGGCUCCAACGGCGUCCAGGCGGCCGCCUCCUCGCCCCCGCCGUCGCCUGGCAUCCCCUACUCUGAGCUUGCCGUCGGUCAGUGCAGGCAGGGGUCGACCUGGGGAAAGGAGGGCACGCUUCCCCCGCGCCCGUUCUUUGAACAGCAGCCUGUGUGUGCUGCCCCGCGGCCUGCAGGCGUGCCCGGGGAGUCGUGGCCCGGGGAGCGGCGUGUGGCGCUGACUCCUGCCGGCGCAGGCGCCCUGCUCAAGGCCGGGUUCCGCGCGGUGGUGGUGCAGCGGGGCGCCGGGGAGCAGGCCAACUUUUCGGAUGAGGAGUAUGCCGCCGCCGGCGCCGCGCUGGGGUCCCGGGAGGAGGCAUUUGGGCAGGACGUUGUGCUGAAGAUCCACGCGCCGGACUUGGGCGGCGAGGUGGGGCUGCUGCGCGAGGGCGCCACCCUCCUGUCCUUCCUCUACCCCGGCCAGCACCCCGAGCUGGUGCAAGCGCUGGCAGCUCGCAAGGCGACCGUGCUGCUGGCCAUGGACUGCAUCCCUCGCACCCUCAGCCACGCCCAGACCUUUGACGCGCUUUCCUCCAUGGCCAAUAUCGCCGGCUACAGGGCGGUGAUCGAGGCUGCCGCCCACUUUGGCCGCUUCUUCACGGGCCAGAUCACAGCGGCGGGGCGCGUGCCGCCAGCCAAGGUGCUCGUCAUUGGCGGCGGCGUGGCAGGCCUGGCCGCCGUGGGCACCGCCAAGAGCCUGGGCGCGGUUGUGAGAGUGUUUGACACCCGCGCCGCCGUGGCUGAGCAGGCCCGCUCCCUUGAGGCCGAGUUCCUGACGGUGGAUGUGCAGGAGAGCGGGGAGGGGAGCGGCGGGUAUGGGCGCCAGAUGAGCGACGCGUAUGUGGCGGCCGAGAUGGCGCUGUUUCGCGAGCAGGCUCGCGAGGUGGACAUCAUCAUCACCACCGCCCUCAUCCCGGGCAAGCGCGCCCCGCUGCUCAUCACCCGGGACAUGGUGGAAAGCAUGAAGCCGGGGUCGGUCACGGUGGACCUGGCGGCGGAGCAGGGCGGCAACGUGGAGACGACUGUGCCGGGGCAGGUGGUGCGCCACGGCUCCGUCACCUGCAUCGGCUACACCGACAUGCCCUCCCGCCUCCCCGCCCAGGCCUCCUCCCUCUACUCCAACAACAUCUCCAAGCUCCUGCUGUCUGCGGGGCCCUUCAGCACAGGGUGCAAGGGCCAGCUGGCUGUCGACCACGCCGACGAGGCGGUCAGGGGAGCGCUGGUGCUGGAGCGGGGGGAGCUGCGCUGGCCUGCGCCGGCGCUGCCGGCCCCCGCACCCCCUGCUGCCGCUGCCCCCGCCGCCGCGGCCAAGACGGAGCGCACGCCAGCCAGCAUCUUCCGUGAAACGCUGAGCAGCGCUGCCAGCCUGGCGGUCGGUCUGGCCGCGCUGGUGGCUUUCGGUGUGGCCUCGCCGGGGGCCGCCUUCAGUUCAAUGGUCACCAAGUUUGGCCUGUCAUCCAUCUGCGGUUAUCAGACGGUGUGGGGCGUCACCCCCGCCCUCCACUCCCCCCUCAUGUCCGUCACCAACGCCAUCUCCGGCCUCACAGCCGUGGGCGGCAUGGUGCUGGCAGGCGGCGGCCUGGUGCCCGGCAGCGCAGCCCAGGCGCUGGCCGCGGUGGCGGUGGCGGUGUCGGCAGUCAACAUCGGCGGAGGGUUCACCAUCACGCAGGUGGGCUGCCUGCGGGUCGCAUGCUGGACAUGGGACAUGUUCAAGCGCCCCGACGACCCCCCAGAGUUCAACCACCUGUACGCGCUGCCCGCAGCCGCCGCGCUGGCAGUCUACGGGGCAGGUCACGCAGCGGGGUAUGACCAGAUGGAGGCGCUGUCCUACCUGGCCGCCACUGGGCUCUGCAUCGGCGCUAUAGCGUGCCUGGCGCACCACAACACGGCUCGCCUCGGCAACACGCUGGGCAUGCUGGGGGUACUCAUUGGCGUGGCCACCGCCCUGGGCUCGCUGGCGGCGGUGCCGCAGACCUAUGCCCAGAUCCUGGCGCUGCUGGUCGCCGGGGCGCUGGCUGGCGCGGCGGUGGCCCGCCGCAUCCUCAUCACCAGCCUGCCGCAGAUGGUGGCCGCCUUCCACUCGCUUGUAGGCCUGGCCGCCGUCUGCACCUCCAUCAGCAGCUACCUGGCGGGGGAGCCGCUGCACGUGGACGGCGUGCACCUGGUGACCACCCUGCUGGGCGCCUUCAUAGGGGCCAUCACACUCACCGGCUCCGCGGUGGCCUUCGGCAAGCUGCACGGCCUGCUCAAGUCGGCGCCGCUGCGGCUGCCCGGCAAGAAUGUGUGGAACCUGCUGCUGCUGGGCGGCAGCGUGGCGGCAGCCUACGCCUUCCUGGCGCAGGCCACCACCGACCGAUCUGUGGGCAUCGCCGCCCUGGCCGCCACCAGCGGGCUGGCUGGCGUGCUGGGAGCCCACAUGACCGCCUCCAUCGGCGGCGCAGACAUGCCCGUGGUCAUCACCCUGCUCAACAGCUACAGCGGCUACGCGCUGUGCGCCGAGGGCUUCAUGCUGCAGAACGACCUGCUGACGUGUGUGGGCGCGCUCAUCGGCAGCAGCGGCGCCAUCCUCUCCUACAUCAUGUGCCGCGCCAUGAACCGCUCCCUGGCCAACGUCAUCCUGGGAGGCUACGGCACCGGCGGCGGCGGCGGCAAGGGCGGCAAGGGCGCUCAGGCCCAGGGCUCGCACACGGAGAUUGAUGUGGCGGGGGCCGCUGAGGCCAUCCUGCACAGCCGCUCGGUGCUGAUUGUGCCCGGCUACGGCCUGGCGGCGGCCAAUGCUCAGUACGCCAUCGCCGAGCUGGCCAAGCAGCGGCGGGCGGCGGGGGCCGAGGUCAAGUUUGGGAUCCACCCCGUGGCGGGCCGCAUGCCCGGCCAGCUCAACGUGCUGCUGGCGGAGGCAGGUGUGCCGUACGACAUUGUGGAGGAGAUGGAUGAGGUCAACCCCAAGAUGGAGUCGUUCGACCUGGUGCUGGUCAUCGGCGCCAACGACACAGUCAACUCUGCCGCCCUGGAGGACCCACACUCGGUCAUCGCAGGCAAGCGCGGCGUGUGGCGCAGCAAGCACGUCAUCGUAAUGAAGCGGACCAUGGGCGCAGGAUAUGCCGGAGCAGACAACCCCGUGUUUUACAAGCCCAACACAUCCAUGCUGCUGGGCGACGCUCGGGCUGUCUGCGAUAGGCUGCGCGCCGCGGUGGCGGAGCACAGGGGCUGA